AGUACGACAGUACACAGCUACAAAUGUUCUCUCAGUUAUUUUUUUCAUCAUUAAUAAAUUAGUCGUUUUUCAAUCGUGUUGGCGUGUGUACAAAUAAUAACUAUAUUUAACUUUUAAAUUACCUAUAUAAUAAAUCUAUAUGUCUAUAACAUAAUAAUUAUCUUAAUAAAUUAUUAACUUCAUCAAUUAUUUGUAAUUAAUAAACAUUUUAAGUUGCAUUUUUUUUUUAUAUAUUAUGUUAAAGACUUGCUUCGGAUGUUGUCCACUAAAACACGGCGUCAGUACGAUCGCCCUUAUAAACAUACUUUGGAAUAUUACGGAAGUGUUUAAACAUAUUAAUCAUCGCAGUGAACAAUAUGAACGAUAUGAUUGGGUUUAUAAUUCAAAUAACAAUUCUUCAGUUUCUUCUGAUGACAAUAGCACUACAGAAGAACCAGAUUACUGGUCAGAUUUGGAAAGAAUACCUGUCAUGAGCGGGAUAUAUAUGGACUAUAUAUUUAUAAUUUCAAUCGGUUGGGUCGUUUUGGAAUUCAUUUCAAACUGCUGUCUCAAGCAAUCCACCUUCAAACGUGCUCCUCAAAAAAUCUACGCCUGGCUAGUGGUUUAUUACGCAAAUUUAUUGUUUAUGAUAUUGCAUUCGGCCCAUUACAUAAUAUUGAUGAUACGAUAUCCAAUUCUGAUGUAUACAUUAUUAACACUGCCGCACCAACAUUUUAGUCAUAUUUUUCUGAAAUUGAUUUACAUAUUUAUUAUAAGCCUUGAGAUCACUAUAAUCCACUCGUACUAUAUUUUUGAAGAAAAAAAUAUGCUUAAUGACAUCGUACAACUCAAAUGGAAAUACGUAUCACGCGGACAAGUGGUGUCCAGAGGUGUCGAUUAUUCUUCAUCAUCAACUUUCAAUGCAACAACAUCAGGUCAAACCCAAGAAGGCUCUAGAAUUCCACCGUACAUAACCAACGUUAUACAGAAUUAAUUGAUAAUGAUAUUUUAAAUAAUAUAUUUAAAAUAGUUUUCCAUACCCAAUAGAUAAAAUUGACAAAAAUGCAUAGCAUGGUGCACUUUAAAAAUAUUUAUUUUUUAUGGAUUUUAAAAAUUUGUCAAUUUAAUUUUUCUAAAUCAAACAUCACAUUUAAAACUUUUGAUUUAUAUUAUUCCUAAACUAAAUACAAUUAUAGUAUGAUAACUAGGUAUUUAAUUAUAAUAAAUUAAGUAUUCGAGUCCAUCCAACUAUUUAACAUAACCUAAAAUCCUUAUUCUUUGUUGUAAAUUUAAUGAAUUAUGCAUUAUUAUUAAAAUAUUUAUAAUUAUUUAAAAAAUAAUUCAAAAUCAUCUUACUUAAUGAUACGUAGAUACCUAUUUGAUUUUGACAACUGUCACCUAGUCAAUAUUGUGAUAGUCACGUUGUUUGUACUUGCAUGCAUUAUAAUUAAUUAAAAUAAGUACCUAUAAUUUUAUUAAUAUAAUAUAAAUACCUAAAUAUUAUAGGUACUAUCAAUAUCAAUAUCUUAUUAAAUUAUAUUGUAACUAU